CUUAUGCUUUGUGUGUAACAGACAUUUUUUUUUUGGCUUACAAUCUUACAAUAAUAAUGUAUCUGGCCAGAUAAAAUAGCGUCUGUAUGUGAUAAAGGGAUGACUAUUGCCAGUUGUACGUAACAUUCUGUAGUGACCAGUGUCCAGUUUUUGGUUGUUUAUUUUGUUUCAAAACUCUGCAGAUUGAGCUCUAGACAAAAUUAAGCUGCAAUGGAUAUACAUAUAUAUUAAUUUCUCAUGGAUUUCUUAGUGUAAAAACAGAGUCUAUGAGAGGCUCUAAAGACCCUGUAUUAUGGAGAAAGGGGAUGCUAUCGUAGCCCUCAAGCAGCGUAUGACCAGGGUGACGCCUCUUCAAGACGAACCCAAUUUCGCAACUUCUGAUGAAACUAUUGUACGUUUCUUGAAGGCUAAUGAUUGGAAGUACAAAGAUGCAGAAAAAGCUCUGCUGUCCACUGUUGAAUACCGCCGCCAGACACGCCCACUGACAGUUGACUGUCAGUACUGUCACACACGCCCUGGUUUUCAUUCCAUGCGUCAAGUUGGCUUCGAUGAGUCAGGUCGUCCUGUCAUGUACUCCAGUUUCGCCCAGGCUUCCGUCCACAAGAACACAGUGGAGGAUUUGGUCACUCACGUCACCUACCUGAUUGAGAACGCCAAGGUCACCAUGAACUCAGGAGUCACCACCUGGGUGUUCGUCAUUGACUGUACAUGGAUGACAAUGGGAGCGUGCAAUCCAAAGCUGGGUUACAACGUGACCAGUAUACUGUCCAGUCACUAUCCAGAGAGGCUAGGAAUGGUCAUCUGUGUCAACAUCAGUCCAGUUUUCCAUGGAGUUUGGAAAGCGAUUAAGAAACUGUUAUCCCCUGGAACUGUUUCAAAAGUUCGCUUGGUGCGCUCAGAAUCAAAGAUCCGUCAAGUUUUUGGAACUUUUUUCUCAGAUGAACUUUCAGCGUGGUUACUGGAAGAGAUAGCACUAAACAAGUGUAAACCUCUUUCACGAGGGCAGCUCGAGUUCUGGAACCCACCCUCGGGUGAAAGUCGGCAUGAUCCUCGCGGUACGUUAUCUUACGUCCACGGCUACAUCAACCAGUUCAAACGGGAGGACGCUCACGUGUUCCCCGGGCACCCGAAGAAGCACUUACCGCAUCCUAAUAUCAUCGACGCGCUUAGCGCUGAGGUCGCCGCUGUCUCGCUCACUCCGUCGGAGGAAGCCGAGCGAGAAGAGGCCCUCGGAGCCAGCGGGCGCGAUGACUCCAACUUGAUCGGCGUCCAGGACGACGUCUCUGACGACGAUGACGAAGACAGUGAUUCUGAUGCAGAAGACGGCGAUGACCGCCUCCAGGAAGCUUCAAAGUUAAAGCCUGAAGGAUCUAAUGCAAAACCGAAAUCGGAAAUGGUUUCAGCUUCUCAUGGGGGCUCUUCGGGAAAACCUAUGAGUAAAUUGAAAAAAUGGAUUACCCGAUGAACCUGAAAAAACCUACCAGCAAAGAGUUAAUACGUGUCGCAUUCAAUAAAAACAACAAAACAUUGUAAAUAUAAUGAGCCUCUAAUGUUUUCUUUGUUCAAUAUUUAUAAUUACCAAAUGACUAGUUUCUUGUUGUAGAAACAUUCAGCAAAAAUAAAAAUUAUUGAGUUAUAUCCAA